AUGGAGACCCCAGAAGAAAGUUUGCCUGAGAAAAGAAGCCAAUUUGGAGGUAGAUUUUUGAAGGAAAGUGAUGAUGUGUUCAGCCACAAUGCCUGGGAUAAUGUGGAGUGGGAUGAGGAAAAAGAGAAAGAAGUGAGAAAUCUUGUCGAGAAACAAUUGGAAAAUCCUAUGAAUGAAGAGAAGCAAAUUUUAUUAAAACAAAAUGCUGAUAAAUAUUGGGACAAGUUCUAUGGAAUACAUGCAAAUAGAUUUUUUAAAGAUCGUCAUUGGCUGUUUACUGAAUUUCCAGAAUUAGUUCCGGCUGACGAACUUAAAGAGGAUACACCUGUUAGUAUUAAUGUUGAGAGUCGAGCAUCAAAUGUUCUUGAAAAUCUAGAAGAAUAUCCCAAACGGUCUAUAUGGGAAAUAGGAUGUGGUGUUGGAAACACAGUUUUUCCAAUUUUGCAGUAUAGUACAAAUCCUAAUUUAUUUGUCUACUGUUGUGAUUUUUCUACCAAAGCAAUUGAAGUGCUCAAAGAACAUCAUGAUUACAACACCAAAAGAUGCAAUGCUUUUGUUUGUGACAUUUCUUCUGAAAAUAUAGAAGUACCUUUUGAACCAGAAAGUAUAGACAUUGUUCUGUUAGUAUUUGCUUUGUCUGCCGUUCUUCCAGAAAAGAUGAAAACAGUUGUAAGACACAUACACAAGUAUCUUAAACCCGGUGGAUUGGUCUUAUUUAGAGAUUACGGUCGAUAUGACCUUGCACAGGUUAGAUUUAAAGCUGGAAGUUUGAUAGAAGACAAUUUCUAUGCUCGCGGUGAUGGCACCUUUGUUUACUUCUUUACCCAAGAAGAGGUUCAGACAUUGUUUACUGGUGCUGGAUUUAAGGAGAAACAGAAUCUCAUAGACAGGCGUCUACAAGUAAACCGAGGACGCAAGUUGAAAAUGUAUCGUGUCUGGAUUCAGGGAAAAUACUGCAAAGAAAGCUAA